AUGUCAUCCGUACCGCAGGAUGGCCCAGUGCCGAGCUCCUCGGUCCACGAAGCCACUCCAGCCGCCGCGCAAGAUGGCAAGGACUCGGUUGCGCAUUAUCGCAGGGACUCGACCGCCAGCCACAACAUGGGCAAGGUGAUCGAGGACCAAUCCGAGACGGCGCGCGUGCUCGACCACGCCGCCGAGCGGGCCCUGUGCCGCAAGUUCGACAUCCGCCUCAUGCCGGUGCUCGCCUUCCUGUACCUCCUCAACGCCCUCGACAAGGGCAACAUCGGCAACGCCCAGACCGCCGGCCUGAGCGACGACCUCGGCUUCUCCAGCGGCCAGUACAACCUGAUCCUGUCCAUCUUCUUCGUGCCGUUUGUCAUUUUUGCCCCGCCCCUGUCGAUCCUCGGAAAGAAGUUUGGCCCGGCCAGGGUCCUGCCGUGCCUGGCCGUCGUGUUCGGCUCCAUGACCCUGUUGACGGCCGCCGCCAAGGGUUUCGGCGGCAUCUUUGCACUGCGGUGGUUCCUGGGAAUGGCAGAGUCGGCCGUCUUCCCGCUCGUCAUCUACUACCUCACCACUUUUUACCGGCGCGGAGAGCUCGCGCGCCGGCUGGCCAUAUUCUACGCGGCCGCCAACAUCGCCAACGCCUUUUCCGGCCUCUUGGCGUUUGCCGUGUUUCGGAUCGAGCGCCCGGACCUCAUCGACUUUCGCUGGCGCUGGCUGUUCAUCAUCGAGGGCUCCAUCACGGUGCUGUUUGCCCUGUUCGCCUACUGGUACCUGCCGCUCAACGCCGGGACGGCCAGCUUCCUGACCGAGGAGGAAAAGGCGCUGGCGUACCACCGCAUCCACGUCGACUCGUCCUCGGUCGUCGAGGAGGACUUCAACUUUCGCAAGUCCCUCGUCGUCUUUAGGCACCCGACCACCUGGGCCUUUUUGCUCAUCGAGAUCUGCGUCGGCGUCUCGGCCCAGGCCGUGCACCUGUUCCUGCCGCAGAUCAUCCAGCGGCUUGGGUACGGCACCAUCCAGACGAACCUGUACACUGUCGCUCCGAACAUUGGUGGUGCCGUCAUGCUCAUCAUCCUCGCCUUCCUUUCCGAUUGGCGACGUAUCCGCGGGCCCUUUGUCGCACUGGGGUUUACUUUUACCUGUUUAGGGUUUGCCGUCUACGCUUCCAUUCAGGACAUUGGCGCGCAGGUCCAGCUUGGCUAUUUCGCGACGUUUAUGAUGUGCUGGGGCACGUCUGCGCCGUCUGUUCUCACCAGCACGUGGUACAACAACAACAUCGCCCACGAAGGCCAGCGUCUGGUCCUGACCUCGGUCGGCGUUCCCCUUGCCAACCUGAUGGGCCUCAUUCCCAGCAACAUCUUCCGACUCGAGGAUGCCCCCAAGUACGAGAAGGGUCUCAUCACGGUGGCUUGCUUCGGUGCCGCCGGAGCUUUGGCUGCAGCGUCCAUGUUCACCUACAUGUUUUUCGACAACAAGGCCAGGAACAGACGGCAGGGCGUCCGUCUUAGUGCGAGGGAUGUGCCGACUCACAAGCUGAGGGAUGGCCCGAGGGCUGAGGAGUUUAGAUGGUUUUUGUAG